AUGGUCAUCACACGAUUUUUGAAGUCAGCAAGCACCACGGCUGCUGCACUACUCCUGUUCGGCAGCGUGCAAGGACAGCCAUCAGCAGCAACAAACAACACGCCAGAGCUCUCGGGCUUCCCAGCAUGUGACGCACUUGUAGCCGCUAAUCUAUCUCACGCUGUUCACUUCCCGUCCUCCCCUCUAUACCGAUCCCUCGUCGAAAGCUCCUAUGCCAUUGACACGCGCAAACAGCCCUGGUGCUUCGUCCUCCCAAGCACCACAACUGAGGUUUCUACAACUCUCACUGCUCUGCGCUCCGCCGGUGGCGGUGCCGGGGACUGGCACAUAGCAAUUCGCAGCGGCGGGCACGGGGGCGAUAACCAGAACAAUAUCGCCGAGGGCGUGACCAUCGACUUGACGCACCUCAACGCCACCACGUACGAUGCGACGACCAACGUUGCGAGCGUCGGAACCGGAGCGCGUUGGGGUGCAGUCUAUGCCGAGUUGGAAAAGGACGGAGUCACCGUUACGGGCGGGAGAGAGGGUGUCGUUGGCGUUGGUGGGCUCCUUCUCGGCGGCGGUAUCUCGUGGUACACGGCGCGUACAGGCUUCGCUUGCGACAGCGUCGUCAACUACGAGGUGGUUCUGGCAAGCGGCACGAUUAUCAAUGCCAACGCAUCCGUCCACUCCGACCUUUGGCGGGCUCUGAAAGGAGGUAGCAGCAACUUCGGCAUCGUCACUAGGUUCGAUCUCGAGGCGUUCCCGGCUGAGAACUUGAACAUGGAGACGAGGACUUACGCUCGGGAACACUCCGACGAGCUUAUUGACGCGAUUGCGGAUUUCGCUGGUCUGAAUCAGUCAAUGGCGGACAAUGCAUUGAUCUCCAUGACGACCUACGACCCCAAGAUUGAGGACAGCACAAUUAUGGUAGUCGAGGUCAACACCAGAAACAAGGCCAACAGCACAGCAUAUGACGCCUUCAACCGUAUCCCACUCUUGCAACCGCCUACCACGAAGUCAGUGUCUCUUGUGGAGGCUGCCAAUAGCACUCAGCUUUCCGGCAAAAAUCGGAACGCUGGGGCCGGAGCUCUGACCAUUGUCAACGACCCACGGGUUAUGCGCUACUGCUUCGAACAGUAUAACGGUAUUGUCGAUGAUAUGAAAGCCCUCCUAGGACCGAAGAACUUCACUACGAUCCUCGACUUCCAGCCGCUCCCUUCAUACUUCGCAGACAUCGGUGUGAAAAAGGGCGGGAACAUGCUUGGACUCGAGCGAGACUCUCGCAACAAGAUCCUCUUCGUAAUGGGAGUGACUCUGCUGGGUUCUAACAGUGAGGAGCUCUAUCCCCGCGUUUAUCAACAGGUUGCGGCUAUGAACAAGAGGGUCGAGGAUUUUUCAAAGUCGAUCGGCAGCGACAAUGAGUUCAGAUAUCUCCCCUAUGCUGACUCGAGGCAAAAUGUUCUUGGGAGCUACGGCGAAGCCAACGUGGAGCACAUCCAAACAGUGGCUAAGAAGUAUGAUCCCAACGGCUUCUUUCAGCGCCGUGUGCCUGGCGGCUUCAAGAUUAGUAGGGUCUGA